AUGGCGCUGAUUCCAACAUGGCCGAACAAUUCAUUCAUUCUAAACCUUGAACGAUCGCAAAUGAGUAGUGCAACUACAAAUCUAUCCGCUGAAGAAUUGCGACGUGCUCGACAGGACUUAUGGUCGAAAUUACAAGAUAUCGAUACGCGUCUCAAACAAACAUAUGUUCCGCCAAAUUUUCGCAUCACAACAUCAUCAACGAGUAACCAACGUACAUUUUCUACAAACGGUCAUCCAUCAUCAGACGAUCCAGCAAGUGCCAAGCGUUCUCGAAUAUCAUCUUCGUCGUAUGACGAACCGAGUACAUCAUCAUUUGGAGAGAACAGUUUCGAGGAAACUUCGUCACCGUCCAAAUCUCUUCAUUCAUCUAUCGUUCCGACGAACAAAAUCAUCAAGACCAAAGAUGAUCUUAUUUCGUUAGUCAAUCGUGAUCAGCAGUCAACGGGACGGAAUCGUCGUAUGUUCGGUGUUCUCUUAGGUACAUUGAACAAAUUCAAAGCGGAAGCCAAUGCGUACAAUGAACAAACUGUUGGCCUGAAACGACAAGAAAUCGAACGCCGUUUAGAAGAGAAACAAGAAAAAGAACGUGAAAAUAAAAAACACGAACGUACAGAAUUGUUAGCAACAAAAAAAGAUUUUCAACAACAAUUGAAACUACUUAAUAUGAAACUUGACAUUAAACAACGGCUGGAUAACACUGAAGAGAAUCAUCGUCGAUUGAAGCACUUCAUUCGAACUCAAACCAAACCUUAUGUGUUCUUCUUACCCAAAGGUUCCAUCGAUGAAGUUUUCGAGAAAAAAUUCCAAGAAAGUCAAACUGAACUUGAGAAAGAAUUGGAAGAAUUCAAACGCGAAUGCGAAGAAAAAUUAGAAACACUAGAAAAUAUGUCCACAGAUGUAAAUGGCGAUGAUGAUGACGAAAGCAAAAGAAACAGAAAGAGAAAAUUAGAUGAACACGAUAAUGAUGAUGAUGAUGAUGAAGAUGAUGACAGCGCAUUAGCUGAUUUACCUGAUGAAAUUACUUUGUCCGCACCGGGAAUCAAAAGUGAAAUCGUCAGUACAACAGCAGUUCAUUCGAAUAAUGAACCGUCCAAUAACAAUACAAAUGGUACUUCAGUGCCAAAGCUAACACGUACGGUGAUUUACGAUAAUUCUGAAUCAGCCAACACGAAACCAAACAGUCACUCCGCGGUUGAUGAAUAA